GACUGGGAAAGAAUGCAUCGCAUUGGUUGGUAUAAAGCCACACAACUUGCACUUGGUAAGGACAUGGUUGCGGAUUUCAUGACACAUUUUCCCGCCUACAUUUGGAGAGACACCAUAACGAAUUGCAGAAAUCACAUGCUGAAGCACAUGAAGGUGACCCGCUUGGACGACGCCUUUCCGAAAUUAGUCGAUCUGGUUAGUCCAGUCAACGUGAUUUUUAACUACGCUUACUACUUUGAGAAUGAUCGUUAUGACUGGCAUUUAGAUGUCAACAAAGAUCUUGCAGCCUACAACUUGAAACAACUUCCUCGCGGUGUGAACAUCAAACCCAGUGAGACUUUACCAGAGGUACGUGUCACCGUACAUGAAACUUACUACCGAAAACCAAAGGAGCGCAACCCUUUACUGCAGGGCUACUGCGUUGCAAAACGAUACGUGGGCCCACUGCCCGCCAAUUGCCAAGCAUUUGAAAAUGUCAUCAACUUUCAGUUGUUUGAGUUUGGCUGGUUCCCAGGCAUCAUUCAGAGCCACAUCAGUACAUGGUGUGGAUCAGACGAAGGUCGCCGAGACUGUGUCCGGCGUCUGGAAGCCCACUACAAGAACGUGAAGACGUACUACAACCUGGGAUGGUUUGAUUUGAAUUUGAGACGGGUGCGCGCCGUGGAGAAAUUGGCUGCACAGGAGAAUACCUCGUGUCCCAAAAUAUUAGACUUUGAUAAAAGUGGAACCGCAACUAUAGUUUUCGCUUGAAAGGCUUUCUUCGUCGUAAUAAAACCUACUACUCAGUGAAGUCUGUACAGCGAGAACGGUACAAAGUCACUGCAUAAAUGCAGUAGUGCAGAGAGUAACAGCUUCUCUAGCGGCCGUCCGUGGG